AUGGCCCUCGACCAGAAAAAGCCCAUACAGAUUUUAAGGCAGUGCCUUGCUCGGAUGCUUGCUUCGAAGUGCAAUUUUUGCAAACGUUGGAGCUGGCCAAGCAGCUCCCAUCCCACCACAGCCCCAAACAGCAGUACAAAGUGGCACAGUCCAGAAAUGAAUGGCUCAGCCCGGGAGGGACCUGAUAGAAACUUCCGACUGAGCGAGCACCGUCAGGCCCUGGCCGCCGCUAAACACCGAGGUUCUGCGCCGCCCUCGGGGAGCCCGGAGCCCAGUCCCAGCCCGUGGGGCGAGGAACACCGAGCGGAGAGGAUUCCCCGGGGGUGGGAGAGAGGUGGCGACCGCAGCGACUCUCCCGGGGCCGACGCGGCGCGACGGCUGGACCUGGAGACCGAAGCUCCCCCUGCACGGAGCAGCGAGGUGACCCAGAGUAGCGGAGCCGAGACGGUGGUGGUCUCCAGGUCGGAUCCCAGAGAUGAGAAGCUAGCCCUAUAUCUGGCCGAGGUAGAGAAGCAGGACAAGUACCUGCGACAGAGGAACAAGUACCGAUUCCAUAUCAUUCCCGACGGGAACUGCCUCUACCGAGCUGUUAGCAAGACCGUGUACGGGGAUCAGAGCCUACACCGGGAGCUGAGGGAGCAGACGGUGCACUACAUUGCCGAUCAUCUCGAGCACUUUAGCCCUCUGAUUGAGGGCGACGUCGGGGAGUUUAUCAUCGCUGCUGCUCAGGAUGGGGCAUGGGCCGGGUACCCCGAAUUGCUGGCUAUGGGGCAGAUGCUAAAUGUGAAUAUCCACUUAACUACUGGAGGGAGGUUGGAGAGCCCCACAGUGUCAACCAUGAUUCACUAUUUGGGCCCAGAGGAUUCCCUAAGGCCUAGUAUUUGGCUCAGCUGGCUCAGCAAUGGACACUAUGAUGCAGUUUUUGAUCACUCCUAUCCUAACCCAGAGUAUGACAAUUGGUGCAAACAAACUCAAGUGCAAAGAAAACGCGAUGAAGAACUUGCCAAAUCCAUGGCCAUAUCCCUAUCCAAGAUGUAUAUUGAACAAAAUGCAUGCUCUUGAAAUGUCUGAAAACCUUACACCCUGGGGAAAUUGCGUAUAUAUAACUUGUGUUUGGAAAAUCACAUGAACUCUAAAUCAGGGUAACAGCACUUUUAAACUUCCUAGUAGAUUUACUGUAGGUGUAAAGCCUUAAUCAUAUUUUGAAUGUUUUCUCAGAGCUGAAGGUUGCUGGGCACCUAAAUGAUUUGUUUCAUGAUAGCUUUGGGUGAACUGCUAUUUAUAAUUUGCUGUAUAAAGUGAGCACUACUUAAUUUGCAAGUUAAUUUCUCACAGUGUAAAUUUGUUCAUUCCUGGUAGUCUAUUUUCUAUAAAAACGUAUUUUUGCACAACAUUUUUAAAAAUGGUGUUACCUUCAUCUAUGAUGUGUUCCAUUUUGUCAAACAGCUUUCAAGCAUAAAUCCAGAGAAAUGCUUUAUAUAAAAUGUAUUACUUUGAAGUGAGUUUGUGAUUUAGUAGUUAUUUUAUGUUGUUGAAAUUUGAAUUUCACAAUUCUUAGAUAAUUAUUUCAAAUUGAUAUUGAUGCAUUCAUGUUACCACAUGAUUGGCCCAUUCCAUUUUGAUGAAAUAGAUUUUUUUUAAUUGUUAUUUUUUUAGAAAUGAUCCGUCUUUAUAAAGAAAAAUGCUUAAGGGAUGGCUGUGGGGAGAUUUUUUUUUUUUUUCCUUUAAGGGAUAGUACCAGGUCUUACUUGAAUGAAAGUCUGAUAUUUGCUGAUGGCAGAAGGAUGAUUUUGUACUCUUGUUGAUGUUUAGAGUAGAUUGUCUGGUGCUCUCCAUUGUUUUUAUUUACAUGUGUCAUUUUGUUACAAAAGAAUUUAACAUGGUAUAAAAUUUUGGGACAACUUAGGCCUCCUGCUUUAUAUACUUUCUUUUAUAUCUACUUGGAUUCUUCUAAGAAAAAAACUAAUAGCAAAAUGUCUGGACCCAACCUUGGCAGUUAUUUUAUAGCAGGAGAAUACUCUUAAUACUGUGUUCCUUUUAUGUUCUUCCAAAAGCCUAAGUAGGAUUGCUGUGUAUUAUGUAAAAAUGUUUGUAAACAGAGCUUAUAAGGUUUGCUGGGUCAAACAGUGUUUCCAACUUAAAAUCUAUCUCAUUGCAACUUUAACUACUUUUAGUCAUAUUUAUUAAGUAAUGCAGUUUGUACUUUUUUAUUUUGUAACAUUUUGUGAUUUUUUUGUACAAUACUGUAUUUGUACAUUAGAGCAAUUCUCAGCUGAUGGAAUGAAUGAAUAAAAUGCAUACUUUUACAGUGUC